AUGUCGCCGUCGCCGCAGCUCGCUCCACCCGGGAGCAGCUCUUAUGACUCGAGCACCAUGCAUGUGGGCGACGGAACUUGGGAUGCGGGUAGAGAUACCUUCUUGUUACCCAAUCUAGUGGGACUCAACUUUGCGACCAUGAGAUACAACGGUAUGGGGAACAGGUUCUUCACCAUGAGCGGCUACCACGAUCUGGUCAAAGCACAUGGUAUCGUGGCGGCCAUCACAUUCCUCGGGGGUGUUCCGCUCGCUAUCUUCCUCAUGCGAUUCUAUCGGCGGCGGCGCGUGGCAUUACGACUGCACAUAUGGCUUCAAAUCCUCACCCUCCUCCUCAGCACUGUGGUCAUCAUCUUAGGCUUUAUGGCUGUCGGCCCCGAAAGAGGCUUAACAAAUCCACAUCAUGGCAUCGGCGUCGCCAUCUAUGUCCUGGUUUGGGUUCAAGCCAUCGGAGGGUGCAUGCUCCACCGAACAGAAAAGAGAAGAAAGCAACUCUAUAUUCCAAUCAGAGCUAUGCUACAUCAUUGGCUUGGACGGGCCAUCGCUCUGCUGGCCAUCACUCAGGUUGCACUGGGCCUGACCCUGUAUGGGUCACCGCUCUAUCUAUUUGUGCUUUACACACUCUACGUCGUCGCCCUGCUCGUUUUGUAUUUCAUCUUGCAGUGGCUGGCCGAAAGACGCCGAGCACGACACGGCUCCGACGGAAGCAGCUACUACAGUGACGAGGUGGUCUCUCGGCCAGCGGAACACAAGCACUCUCGACUGGGAAAGCUUGCUCUCGCCGGGGCCGCCGGGCUGGGACUGGCGGCACUGUUCAGCAGACGAUCUUCCCGAAAUCGGCCUCCAGGAGAGAGUUCUGUAACCGAUGAGAGUGGAACAUCCUCGUACUACGACGAGAAGGAAUCCGAAGCAUCCCACAAUGGCUUGGGGCAUCGCCUAUUGCAGGUGGCAGCCAUCGGAGGAGCUGUCGCAGCUGUGAAGAAGCUUUUUGGUGGUAGAGGUCGACGAGAUGAUGAUUCUGAUGUCGGACCUUACCGGCCACCCCUCGGAGGCAACCAAUCGGUUACCACAGACUCCAUGUCACGCAUUGAAGAAGGAAGGCCCCCUGUUCGACCAGCGACGCCAAUGGGGAACAGCCCUGGAUACGUUCGACCAACCCAUCCCCUCGCUCAGCCUCCAAUGACGCCCGGGUCCGGCAGGAGACAUUCCGGUUCGUCCUACUCCUACGACGAUUCUUUUGUUUCUGGCUCUCCAUCGCGUCGCGACCGGAGGACACAUACUUUCCGAGACGCAAUGGCCGCCGGCGGGGCCGUCUUCGCAGUCCGGCAAUUAUUCAAAAAUCGACGACAACGAAAAGAAGAGCACCGCGCCGAAAUCUUGAAGAAUCAGAGAAUAGAGCAGGAGAGGAUUGCUCGCAUGAACUCAGUUCACAGAUAUACUGGUGACGGAACUACACCUCCAAGAAGACCCCGCCGGAACCGAACGGGCAGUCAGACGGCUUCUGAUCUAUCAAGUGAAUUGGACAGCACAGUCCGACCCGGAACCGGUGCAGCCCUCCCGGUAGCAGGUGUGGGAGCAGCUGCAGCAAGCGCCCUCGCAGAUAGGGACAGGAUCAGACCGGUGGGAGAAGAUCCCCCCAUAGUCCAACCGGGUCCACCGACCGCUCUGCCUGGCGAUAUCCCCACGGUCCCACCGCCUCAUCAGGAUUCAUCCGGGAGUGAAAUCUACACGACAGCUUCAGGCCGGCAACGACACAGACACCAUCUCCGUGAUGAGGCGGCCGCCGGUCUUUCAGGAGCAGCGGUUGGUGCCGCCGCCGCAGACCAAACUCGCAGACGUCACAGCGGCAGAAAUACUGACUCUAUGGAAUCUCCGCCUGUGAGCCUGAAGGUGAAGAUGCACAACGAUGGCCGUCACGUCACCCUUCGAAGGUUAACAGAGGAAGAAGCUGCCGCGCAGCGCGAACAGAGACGUAAAGAGCGCCGGGCGUCCGCGGCCCGGAGAAGGCGAAAUUCCAGCUUCAGCAGCAGUGAAGGCGACGCGUUGGCAGCUGGACCUAGCAGCGAUCGACGUUGGAGACGUACCGAAACCAUGGAAGCAGAACAAGGCGCACAGAAUGAAGCGGCGGCGGCUGCUACCGCUGUCGCAGGAGAUGCAAGUCUCCCUCAACCGGUCACGGCCCCAGGAACGAUUCCAGCAUAUCCCACACCGCCUCUUCCAGGAACACAAGGUGUUGAUCCUCGCACCGGACAGACAUAUCAAAUCCCCGCUCCGCCACCAAUCCCUAGCUCGGCCAGCAAUCUUGGCCCAGCAGGAAGCAUUACAUCGCCUGGUACCGAGACCAGCGGCGCGACAGAGUACGCAAACAAUCGUCGACGGCGGAGGGCUGAAAGGGCUCAAGCACGCUUGGCGAGAGAGGGCAGGGCCGGUGCCACGGUCGAUUUCACUUGA